AUGAAAUUGACACUCGCACUCUUGUUGGUUGUAUACUGCAUCCUUGCCGCUUCAAUGCCUGAAUCCAUCUCUCAAGAUGGCAUUACCGAAUCUGGCCCAUUCAAGAACAAAGUCUCUGGUUCCGGCAGUAGUGCCCAAACAUUCAGUCAAUCGACCACAGAAUACACUACGACGGACGGCCGUACUCUUAGUCAAGAUCCUGGAUCAUUUCAGUUGUGA